CAUGCUUACAGGCACAGUACCGUCCACGUGACCACAGGAAUGUCCUACAUGCACAGCCUCUGAUGGUCGGGCGCCAAACGUUCUAGGUUUUUUAAAAAGGGUAACCGCGCUUCAAGAGGCUGCAUAAACUACAUCAACUCGCACGGAUAUAGUUCAAGUGUAUAACUAAUUGGAAAUUGGACUCACAACGGUGAAUAGUUUUGAAGUCUUGAUGAAAACACGGUCACAUCAUCCGGUGUCUUUUAGAAGAAAGUUCAGAACACAGAACGUGACACAGAGUGAACGACAGUGCUAACUGGCUUGCUGGCAAGGAUUUAUGUCAUUAUCUGGGUUAACAUAGUCUGUGAUUGAAUUUCUUUCUCACAUAUUCAGUCGGUCAAACUCAACUUUCCUGAUAUUAGUGUGAAAUUCAGGAUUUGCCAUGUGGCUGGGGGAUUGUCUUGUGAGAUGUUGUGGAGCCUUGAAUGGCAUCCCAGCUCGGAUCCUUUGCAUUCUGCUUCUACUCGCCCAAGGAGGUAUUCUGGAUUAUUACCUGGCCAAACAUCAGACCCAAUUCAGCUGGGCAUGGUUAGCGUUCGACCUGGUCAACGUCGGUAUCUUCAUCGCCUCCUUCAUCAUAUCACGACUACGCCUUUCUCUACAGGAAGCUGGGAACGAGCAAACUAAAGCGGUCACAAUUGGUUGGUUGGCAUGGCUUGUGUACUCGGUAAGCCUAGUAGCAAGGAUGGCCAUAGCUUUCAACAAAUUCUCCUUGAGAUUAAACGAAGAAACAUUCUUUGGCCCCAAUACAUUAAAGACGUCGCUAGCCUUGGCGUCAUGUGUAUUCAUCUUUUUGUUGAUGUCUCACCAUGACGCUCCUCCUGCUAGCGAACGCAGGCGAUAUAUUGAAGACCUUACUGGAACCGUUGUGUUCGACGUGUUGGACACCGUGGAUGUCUUAGAGGUGAUGUUCGACAAGACAUCAAGGGACAUGUUCCUGCCAGGACUUCAGCAAACUGUUUUAGCGGUGGCAGGUCUCAAUCUCAUUAUUCCAACAGUGCCCUUGAUCACGCUCAGCCUCACCAACUUUGGAUACAAGAAGAUGUCGAAACGUCUUGUGGCGCUACACAAGUUACUUGUGGUGCUGGUGGUGAAUGUUCCCAAUCUGAUUGUUCGGUUAGUUCUCUGGCAUGGCUUCAGUGUUGGAAUCUCUCCCUUUAUGCUAAAAAACCUCAUCCUCAUAUGCAUUGUCAUGUUCGAGUUUUACGAGCACAAGAGGAUGCAAUAUGACGAACACGCUGGGGCGAUUGAAGCGAGAAAGAAAGGGGUGCGGGGCACUGUCAACCCUGUUGCUGUAAAUGGACAAAGCAGCAUAACAGAGUUCUCGAUGCAAGCACGUAUCUAAAUAUAAGUUAUCAUAACACAUUGCUAAUUGAAAUCGCCGUGAAGAAUCCUAAUCAAUACCAGUGCAGUAAUUGAAGGAAGUGUGAAUUUAAGUGUGAAUAGGAUUUCGCCUGUCGCAAUAUUUCUUUGUAGAAGAUGAUCGCUUGUGCAUACCAACAGGAAGGAUUAUAUUAUCACGGACAUGCACACCUUUUGUAUGACCUGACGCAGGUACUUGCAGGGUUUCGAGUUCUGUUUUCUUGGCUCUCUUUCUUGUCCAGUUUUAAGCCAGUCACUGUAACUGUCAGGCGUGCCAAAUUUUGAAUAAGACUUGUUCCAGAGUCUUUGAAUUUGAAUGCCAUGCUCGAAUAUACUGUGUGAUAUGCCUCCAAAAGUGCUUCUACAACAUGUGAGGGCUGCAUGCUGUACUUGGGCCAUUCACGUUCAGUAAUCCUAUAGUUUUGUUGAAAAUAUUUGCUGAAUGAGUUUGAGAAAACUUUAUUUCUUGUACCCUACCAUCCCCGACUGUAUGAAUGUAUGACAUGCUUGAAAAAAUGGGGAAAUCUCCGAAUGACACAAGACGCUCGCAGUCACAUUUGUGAACAACUCGAGAUAUUCCGGGUCAAGCCGAAUGUAGGUUACGAAACGGGACGAGUGGUGACGAAUGUCACCAGUCAGUCAGUCAAUCAAGUAUAAGUGAUAUAAUCUGCUUGUCUUUGUGGCUUGUCGUUUUACUCCACGUAGAGGCUAUGUUGGCGAAUGACAUGGGUCCAGGGUAUUUAUAGCAAUAGUAUACAAAUAUAACUGACCAUGUAGAAAUGUAUGUUUUAUGUCUUGUUUUCGGAGGUAAAUCUAUAAUGGUUUCGAUCUUUGUAUCUGGUGAUAAGUCUGAUUUACGUAUCUACUUCACAACUAUCCCUCAUGCAAUCAUUGCAUAUGUGUAGGACUCGGAUCCAUGGCAGGCCUCAAAUCCGUGGCAGAUUUCCAAAUCCAUGGCAGACUUUCAAAUCCAUGGCUAGUUGCCGUACCUACCCUAAUCUGUGGCGGAUUUCCUACUCAUCGUCAUUAGAACAUUUCAGCUCUGUAGAAUAGGGGUUUAUGGCAUUUCAUUUAUGUGUUUCUAACUUACUGAUACCCCUGGGCCUAGAUUUUCGAAGCUCUGUUAGCCCUAAGAUGGUCUUUCGAUAUUGCUAAUGUUUUUACGACUAUCAUAGAAGUAAGAGAGCUUCGAAAACUUAGGCCAUGCUAAUUAUUGAAUACGUUUGCUU